AACCCACGGUCCAUGUUGUGUGUAUUUUAUAUACGGACACUCUGUCACAUGAUAUGGAACUCGUGAUAAUUUUGAAUAUGAUGUAUAUGGACCGUGGAGCAAAGCCUGUUAAGGGAGUUAACGUGAUACCCUAGCAUGCCGAAACUGAUUGUAAUUGACCAACCAUGUCAAAAGAAAUUACUAGAGCUCUUGGUGUGGGAAUUCUCGGAUUUGGUUUAGGGUACAUUGGUUAUAAAAUAUUUACCAAUAGUUCAUCUACAUCAAUACCAAAUUCUAGUUCCAGGAAAGGGAUAAUUAAACCUUUAGGGGAAAAAAUGCAGCAGGCGUGGAGUUCGGACAGCAAGAGAAAAGACAUAUGCAUCUUGCAUACUGACAAGGAUUUUGAAAAAGUCGAAAUAUUUCGACAAAACAUUUACAGACAUUGUGAAACUGAAGAUUUAAAUGUUGACUUGAAUAGUGAAAUGGGACAUGGAAUGACAAUCCUUGAAGCGUUUAAAAAAGAAUUGGAGUCUUCAAUAUACAUAUUUGUUUUUGUCACUGAAAAUUUCUAUAAUGAUCAAGUGAAUGCCUUUCUGGCCAGUGCUGGCUUGAUUGAUGAUCUUCGGAGAUUCGGAACUUUGUGGAGACUUGUGCCAGUAUGGGCAGACCCUCGUAUAAAGGACUCCGAACAAUGUCCAUUUGAGCUUUCUGUGCUACAGGGAUUGCAUUAUGAUGUGUUUUUAGAAAAUGAACAGCACACCAGUUGUUUCAAAAAUAUUGACACACUAUUAAGAAAAGGUCGGAAAAAAGAACAAAAGGAGGAUAUGAAAAGAGAACUGGAAGAUGACUAAGUUCCUCAAUUUUGUCCUAAAUAUUUUUGUACCGAAACUUUGUUUAUUUCAAAAAUAGAUUAAUAUAUUGGUUCA